AUGAAUCCUAAGGAUAUAAAAGCAGGACACGUGGAGACUGUGUACAAGCUGGCGGUAGCCACUGGCGAUACACCGUUCUCGGGCACGAUGAACUUCAUUUUUGCAACGAUCAUUGGCUCGGCAGGCCAGAGCAAUAGGCAGCUUCUGGACCACUUUGGACUGGACCUUUGCCCCGGGGCGAUUGACGUCUACAAUAUUCCAAGCAAGAAUGACAUUGGUGACAUCCGUCUGGUUCGUCUGGAGAUGUUGGUGUGCCUGGUGAAUGACUCGUGGUUCUGCCGCUACGUGGAGGUCAAAGCUCCGGGAAUUCUGCCACAGCACGAGACCUUGGCUCAACUAAAGGAAAAGAGGGCUGAGGAAUUGUCCGUGAAACCGCACUCCUUGAGGUGGCUAGAAUGGCAGGCUGGGCUUCCCCUUGGAGUCGACAGCAAAUCCUUCCUUGACUUACCCUGCGAAACCCGUUUUGAUGAUGAGAAAAGUGCCGAUUUCAACUUGUCCUUUCUGCAAAGUGUGCAAGAUUUGGGUUUGAGGGUGUUCAUGAACCUCGAUGGCAUGUCUUGGACGAAGAUAGAAGACUUCCGUCGCUUAUUUACAAGGGUCAAGAGUGAAAUUGCAGAGUAUAUUUCUCACCACUGGCAUCAGGACUGGUUCUUUGGUUACCAAUUCAUGAAUGGCGUCAAUCCUGUUCUCGUAAAACGCUGCACCAAGCUGCCUGAGAAUGUCCCUGUCACCACAAACAUGGUGAAGAGCAGCCUGGUCCGUGAAUGCUCCCUUGAAGACGAGAUCAAGCACGGCAAUGUCUACAUUGUGGACUACCAGUGCCUUGAUGGCAUUCCUGGCAAUACAUUCAAGCAUUCCAAGCCCUUCUACCUAGCAGCUCCCAUGUGCCUGCUUUAUGUCAACAAACAGGGGCAGCUGCUGCCUAUUGCUAUACAGCUGCAGCAAAAGCCAUCGGUGGAUAAUCCCAUCUUCUUGCCGAGCGACUCUGCGCACGACUGGAUGCUGGCCAAGAUGUGGGUUCGUUCCAUGGACUUUCAGAUCCAUGAGAUCUCCACGCACUUGCUCAAGACCCACUUGCUGGCAAAGGUGUUCACCAUGGCCACCUUGUGGCAGCUGUCUACAAUGCAUCCUGUCCAUAAGCUCCUGUAUCGGCAUCUGCGCUUCACCCUGGAAAUCAACGUGCGUGCACGGACGCAGCUUGUGGGCACAGGAGCCUUUGCGGAUCAGCUUGGUGGCAAGGGCUUGAAGGCGCUCGCCUACAGAUAUCUGUGCAUCCUGAAGGAUGUGUCAAAUCGAGGUGUUGGUGACUUGCCCAGCUGCAACUACUACAGGGAUGAUGCCUGCAGCAUCUGGAAGACCAUUCACAAGUUUGUCGACAAGAUACCUGCCAUCUUCUACAAAAGUGAUGAAGACGUGAAAGGUGACACUGAACUUCAAGCGUUCGUUGACGACAUCAACCAUGCCUUGCUGAGCAACCCGUCCAAUGGUAAUUAA